UUGCAAACCACUGGCUACCAACGUUUUCUGCUUUGACAAAAUGCUAGCCAGUUUCAACCCAAUUUUUGUCACACAUCUUCAUAGGCAUUUGUUCCAGUGUAUUAAUAAAAUGGAAGAAGAUAUAAGAGAAGGAUUCCUGUGUCCCAUAUGCUUAAAAGAUUUGAAAUCACCUACAAAUCUGGCAUCUCAUUUUGAAGACUUUCAUGCUGAUGAUAAAGCAGUUUUGCAACAACUCCGUUCUGUGUUUGGGAAAGCAAAAAGAAAACUUUUGAAGCAGGACGAUUGCUUACAUAAAGAUGCAAUAGAUGGACUUGACACUACACCAGGCGUUGUUUCACAUGGAACUCCUGGAAGUGGGGGUAUCGAUCUUGCACUGUGGGAAACACAAACUUUAGGUGCAACACACUCUCAUGCGAAAAUGUUCCGACAGCAAAGGAAAGAAACAAUAGAAAGAUGUGUGGUAGAAACAAAUAAAUUAUUAAUACGACUUGAAAAACUGAUAAAGAGUGGUGUGUAUGCAUCUGACUCAUCAUUACCUGGAAUUAUUAAGACAAGAAGAAAUAUGGAAAAAACUGUUGUACCUUGGCAAAAUGACAGUGAAGUGAAGCACUGUCCAAAUUGUUCAAAGAAGUUUAGCAUGACAUAUCGACGUCAUCACUGUAGAUUGUGUGGAAAAGUCAUUUGUGAGAAAUGUGUUGGCAAUUUAGACAUGUCACUUGCAUGUGAUGUUCUAAAAUUAGAUUCUACCUCUGCUCAUUCAUUGGUGAAAAUAAAUAAAAACUCUGAUGGUGACUCUGAUAAUAGUAUAAAAGCUUGUGACCCAUGUCACUUGUUACUCAUUAGGCAAAAUAAACUACAUCAAGAUAAAUCUGCAAACAGUAUAUUGUUACAAUUAUAUGACAGAAUGCAUACUUCAAUGAAGGAAGCAGACGGAAUACAACCACGAUUUCUAAAGAUGGCCGACUCUGUCAAUGCUGGUGAAACGGAAUACGGCAUUGAAGUUGCCAUGGAGACGAGGAUAAGAUUACUGAAAGCUUAUGAGAGUGUCGAAGCUUUAAGUAAGCGGAUUCAACAUCUUGGUCUUGAGAAAGAAAAACAACCUCAUCCUCAAAUCUUAAAACUUCAACGUUCAAUUCGUUCUUAUGCAUCGAAUUAUUUGGCAGAUAAUAUGUUUACACUACCUGCUCUACCCAGCAAAGAACAAUAUGCUGAACUAUUAAGAAAGAAUAAGCUGCAACGAGAUCGACUUAAGGCUGAAAAGACUGCUUCGCUUCCCACAAAAACAACACCGGUGUUGCAGAGAAAAAGUCCGGUUGAACUAAAAGAUCUGGAUGUUCCGGAUGCAUCAACUUUUGACAAUAACCAGAAUGGAUUUUUUCGAACUGGUACGUCUAAAUUUAAAGCUUGGAAAAAAGACGCACGGCCGGUAUUUCAGGCGGUAUCUAUAUCUAAAAAGAAAGACUCGAGUUGGGGUCCGGUACAGGUGGCUACUGCGGAAUCUUCCGACCCUAUUAUUCAACAAAUUGAAAAUAUUAAAGGUUAUAUAGCGCAAGCAAGAGAAGACAAAAGAUGGGAUGAAGUUAAAAUGUUUGAACAAAAUUUAAAAGAGUUAGAAUUAAUAUAUCUGCAACAACAAAGGUUGUAAAAUAACGUAACUUAUAUUUUUAAUGUUUAAAUAAUUGCUUGUUUGUUUGUUUGUUUGUUUGUUUGUUUGUUUUUGGUAUAUGAUUUUUGAGAAAUUGAAAUAAAACUCGAAAUUCGAUGUGAUUAGCCCCUCAUGGUAUCUCGAUAACUUGAUAGCUAAGACGACAAACUAAAACAUCAGAUUGAGCUUGAAGUAGAUUUUCCUACUUCUGAUAGUUUCUUUUUUUUUCAAAAGAAAGUUUCUUUUUUUUGGUUAAAUGUAUAUUUACUUUUUAAUUUGAUUCUUUUAAAUGUUAUUUUUAUAUAAUUUUUAUUUCAUAUUUUUAUGCGAAGCGAGAAUGAAAUUUAGUA